AUGAGUGAGAAAUCCCAUAAUAAAGGACACCUUCCUAAACUUCCCAAGGCACCAAAGUUGGCCAUUGGUCCUAAGGUAUCUGAGCUAAAAGCAAAGUUAGAAGCUGAGCAACAUGCACUUCGUAGAUUGCGAAUGAUCUUGUAUGACAAACGAUUUAAUUCCUUCCAUUAUCCGGUCCCUGUUGAAGAUGCACCUAAUUAUGGGUCAAUCAUAAAGAACCCAAUAGAUAUGGCAACUUUGCUGUAUCAUGUUGAUAAUGGCCAUUAUAUCACAUGUGCAGCAUUCAUGCAGGAUAUUGAUCUUAUUGUUUCCAAUGCAAAGGCUUACAAUGUAGAUGACUACAAUGGUGCGAGAAUUUUUAGUAGAGCCUAUGAGCUGCGUGAUGCGGUUGUUGAUGGAAAACUUCCUCAAACUUGCUACCUUAUGGCUCUUGAUUCAUGCUAUAAACAACUCAGCCACAAGAUGUCGGACAAAGGAAAGAGGAAUGCACCAUCUUCCAGAAAGAGGAAGAGGACGCUAGAACCUACUCUUGCCUCACUUCAAGCAUAUGCUCAAAAUUCUCUAGGCGAUAUAGAGAAGGCAAACCAAUUACUACCGGCUCAGGAUAUGGUUAAGUUUCUAACCGGUGUACCUCUCCCUGACCAUCAGGAUUAG